CGCCCUGUCUUUUUCCUUUCUGCAAUCGGAAGUUCAGAACACCAUCUUUGCCUCUUUUCUGUUUAUUUUAUUAGUUUAACCACUGUAUAAAAAAAAAAAAAAAAAGCAAGAGUGUUACAAACGCCAAUGACUUCCUUGCACCUCAAUCAUUUCUUCUUUUUGUUUUUUCUAAGAAAAUUGACAUUAAUGUUUGAUUGAGUUUGUUUUUGGUAUUAUAUAAAUGAAUCAAAGAAGUUCCUCCUGAGAUCUCGGAAUAGGGUUCUCCAUUUCAUCGAGCUUCAAUAAAAACAUGCUUUUGGGUUUAAAAUCAUCAUCACCAACAGCAAGAAGUCGUUUCUAAGCUGGGGAUUGUGGUGCAGUGCUAAGAGAAACUCGUGUUCCUUCUGGUACAGUGCAAAUUCAAACUAGGUUGACCGGCUGAUUUUGAUAUUACAGCAGUAGUCUUAAGGUCAUCUGGUCUUGCAUAAAGAACUGGUGUUGUCAACAUGUCAUUGGCAAGGAUUGCUAGAAGUAGCUUGAGACGGUCAGGAGGUGUGAUCCGCAGCUACACGACUGAAAGGGAUACACUCUGUGAAGGAGCAUUUGGAUCCAGGCAUUACUCAUGUUCCCCCGAAAAUGUUAAAAAUGGUGGAAAUCUGUUUUACUUCUCCAGCCCGAGGCAGGCAGAUGACAUGAGUUUAGGGAAGAGGGGUAUAAGUGUAGCCCCACACCAUCAAUUUCCUUUUGCAGAGAGGGUGGUAGAGGAGUCUGACUCUGAGUAUGACAACCGAAGGUUUGCGGGGCUGGAAGCAACCAAACCAGGGGAAAAACCGAGGGUGGUUGUUCUAGGGACUGGGUGGGCUGCUUGCAGAUUCCUUAAAGGACUUGACACAAAAAUUUAUGAUGUUGUCUGCAUAUCGCCAAGAAACCACAUGGUCUUCACUCCUCUGCUUGCUUCAACUUGUGUUGGAACGCUUGAAUUUCGUUCUGUCGCUGAGCCUGUUAGUCGGAUACAGUCUGCACUGGCAAGGGAGCCCAAUUCAUACUUUUAUCUUGCUUCCUGCACUGGUGUUGAUACACACAAACAUGAAGUGUAUUGUCAAACAGUUGACAAUAUAGGACUAUCUCACGAACCUUACCAAUUUAAGGUUGCAUACGACAAGCUUGUCAUUGCUGCUGGAGCUGAGCCCUUGACUUUUGGUAUCAAAGGAGUGAAAGAAAAUGCGUUCUUCCUUCGUGAAGUAUACCAUGCCCAAGAAAUAAGGAAGAAGCUUCUCUUAAAUCUUAUGCAGUCUGAGAAUCCAGGCAUAUCAGAAGAAGAGAAGAAGCGUCUAUUACACUGUGUUGUUAUUGGAGGCGGCCCAACAGGAGUGGAGUUCAGUGGUGAAUUGAGUGAUUUUAUCAUGAGGGAUGUCCAUGAGCUGCACACUCAUGUUAAGGACCACAUCCAUGUAACCCUUAUAGAGGCUAAUGAGAUCUUGUCAUCAUUUGAUGUUAGCCUACGGCAAUAUGCAACAAAACACUUAACCAAGUCUGGUGUUCAACUUGUUCGAGGGGUAGUGAAAGAGGUGCACCCUAAAAAAAUAGUUCUUAGCGAUGGGACUGAUGUUCCAUAUGGCCUCUUGGUAUGGUCUACUGGUGUAGGCCCUUCUGAGUUUGUAAAAUCGCUAGAUCUUCCCAGGUCCCCUGGUGGAAGGAUUGGUGUUGAUCAAUGGCUGCGCGUCCCUUCUGUGGAAGAUGUGUUUGCGCUUGGCGAUUGUGCCGGAUUUCUCGAACAAACAGGAAAGCCAGUGCUUCCGGCUUUGGCUCAGGUUGCUGAGAGGGAGGGAAAAUUUCUCAUGGGAUUGUUUAACAUGAUUGGGAAGCAGAAUGGUGGGAAGGCUUUCGGUGCAAAAGGCAUUCCCUUGGGGGAACCAUUUGUGUACAAGCAUCUUGGGAGCAUGGCAACGGUGGGGCGCUAUAAGGCACUGGUUGAUCUACGCCAGUCCAAGGAUGGAAAGGGGCUGUCGCUGGCAGGGUUUGUUAGCUGGCUGAUUUGGCGCUCUGCUUACCUGACACGUGUAGUGAGCUGGAGGAACAGGUUUUACGUGGCUGUGAACUGGGCCACUACGCUUGUCUUCGGCAGGGACAACUCACGUAUUGGUUAAUCUGUGUGGUGUCUUCUCUCCACUGCCUUCGUUGAGUGCUUGGUUACAGCCAUACGCCAUCCCUGAGGGGUUUUGGGUCUUGCCUUUGAUCCAGCUAAAACCCUCUAGCAUUAUGCAUGGUACCAAAUUUUGCCCCCUCAUCUGUGGAUUUUGUUGGGAAAUUUUCCCUUUGGUUUAUAUUGUCAAAUUGUAAUAAGAACAAAAUAUCAUGUAUAAAUGAAAAUCAGGUUGAAGCAA